AUGCGAGGCAUAAACGAUGUUGAGGCCCAGAAACGGCCUCAUACUCCCAAACCCGUCGCCCAUUGGCGUCUAGUCUUCAGUCAAACCCUGGUCACCAAUGAAGACGUGCUCAACUAUCGCUACAAAGGUGCCGGCACGACAGAAGAUCCCUAUCUCGUGGAAUGGAUCCCAUUCGAUCCACGAAACCCCAUGGAAUGGCCAGACUGGAAGAAAUGGGCCAUCACUUUCACCGUGGCCAUUGCUACGCUCGCAGUGUCAUUGGUGGCCUCGGCGUACUCCGCGAGUAUACCUCAGCUCAUGGACCACUUUGGCUGCAGCGAAGAGGUCGCUACACUGGGCACAUCGUCCUUUGUCCUGGGGUUCGCAUUUGGUCCUACGAUCUGGGGUCCGCUGUCCGAGCUAUACGGCCGCCAGUACUUGUAUUUCGGAACUUAUCUGAUCCUGACGGCCUUCAAUGGCGCAGCCAUUGGGGCUAACUCGAUCGCCAGUCUCAUCGUCUUCCGCUUCAUCGGCGGCAUAUUCGGCUCUUCUCCCUUGACUAAUGCUGGAGGGGUGAUCGCGGACAUGUUCCCGGCCAGUCAACGCGGGCUUGGGAUAACCCUUUUUGCUUGCGCGCCAUUCCUUGGUCCUGCGCUGGGUCCGCUCAUAGGCGGCUUCGUUGCGGAGAACGCGGGCUGGCGCUGGCUCGAAGCCGUCAUGGCAUUGUACUGUGCCACGCUCUGGAUCUUCGGCUCCCUGACGGUGCCUGAGACGUACGCGCCCGUCAUCCUAUCCCGUCGCGCCAACCAACUCAGCAAACGCACAGGCAAAGUCUACGUAUCAGCGAUUGAACACCGGCAGGGCAAAGUCACUGCGAAGGAGGCUUUCAAUAAAGCCAUCAAACGGCCAUGGAUCUUACUGUUCCUCGAACCAAUAGUCCUCCUGCUCUCGCUGUGGUUGGCCAUCCUAUACGGCACCCUCUUCUUGCUCUUCGGCGCCUUCCCCAUCGUCUUCGCAGAAGGACGGCACUGGUCCCAAGGCAUCAGCGGACUGGCUUUUCUGGGAUUAGCUGGUGGCCAAAUCGCCGCUACGAUAUACUGCAUUCUCGACAACAAGCGAUAUCAACGGAUUGACAAGGAGUAUAAUGGCGAAGCACCACCCGAAGUGCGGCUACCUCCAGCCACGAUCGGCGCCAUCGCCAUUCCCAUCGGGAUGUUCUGGUUCGCAUGGACUAACGGCCCUUCCGUCCACUGGAUCGUACCAAUCCUUGCAUGCGCCCCUUUCGGCUUCGGAAUGGUGCUGGCGUUCCUAGCCUCCAUCAACUACCUCAUCGACGCGUACACGAUAUACGCCGCGAGCGUACUGGCAGCCACGGCUAUCGUACGAGCCCUAUUUGCCGCCAUAUUCCCCUUGUUUACCAAUUACAUGUACGCGAGAUUAGGCAUCCACUGGGCAAGCUCGAUCCCGGCGUUCCUCGCGCUCGCAUGCACGCCAUUCCCAUUCAUAUUCUACAAGUACGGCAAGAGUAUUCGAAUGAAGUGCAAGUACGCGGCGGAUGCGGCUGAGGUUAUGGCCCAGAUUCGGGCGAGGCAGAAGGCUGUGCAGGAGGAAGAGAAGCGUGAGGCUGAUGAGGAUGCUGCUGGCAUAUCUGGUGUGGAGAAACAUGCUCAGAAGGUGGACGUUGGUGAAUAG